AGAAAGUCGUUGAGGCGAACACUGCGCCUGGCCCUUUAAGGAGUCACACAAGAGUUGUCGGAGUUUCAAUAGGCAUCGCCAACCCAUACUCCCUGAGAGCUUCCUUUAGCUACGGAUUGACAUUGGCCGCCCUAUCUACAUCGGACGUUCCGCAAGGCAAAUAAAAUGUUUUCCACAUUUAGGAUGAGUGAAAUGCUACGCGCAACGAAUUAAGAUGAAGAAAUGGUGCCUUUCCGUCCUCCUGGCAAAUGUCGCUCCCGCCCCCCGGCUAAUUACCUAGCCAAUGCACACGACUAUGGCAGCGAUACAUGCGGGCACCGACGUAGAGAACCUGCUGGCCUCCAUCCACCUGGAGAAGUACCUGGACAGCUUCCGACAGGCUGGCGUGCGCUACGCCCGCGACUUCUGUCACCUAGACAACGAGGCUCUGAGCGCUCUGGGUGUGAAAGCCACGGGCCACAGGAAACGGAUCUUGAAGCUGGUCAGCAGCAUUGACCCGGCCGGCCAAUCGCACAGCAGGAGGAGGCACUCAGUGGACCGCUGUCAGUCCGACUCAAAGAUCAACGCGCAGGACGCUGGGAAGCCGUCGGACGACCCCAAUCGGACCGACGCCACACCGUCGUUUGAGACUUUCCGUAACAGCUCUGUCCCAAACUUGUCCUCGUUGUUGGUCCACAGUUCUAGCACAGAAAGCAGCCCGGCCAUCAGGCCUGUUCCAAAGCCUCGAACUGUUUUCAACAGGCACAAGACGAGCUUCCUCACGAACACCUCGUCAUCGUCAUCAUCGUCUUCUCCGUCGUCCCUUCAGGAGCCUCAGGAUAACCUCAAGAGGCGCUCUCAGGAAUCUCUCUGCUUCACGGUUCUGGAAGGUUCUGACGUGACCGAAGAGAUCGUUGCUCCCUCUGUGGACCCUCCGGUGACGGUGAAUGUGACCUUUGACUCUUGCGUAACUUCUGAACCUAAGCCGCCAGUACCGUGCGAGAGGCAGUUGAGAGCCCCCACCCCGGAGUUCUUGCCUCCCGUGCCCCCAAGGCUGCGUCGCGGGGUGCCCCCCUCCCAUUUCCGAGGGACCCCUUCCCCUCCCUCAUCCUCCUCCGCCUACUCGCCGACCAAGAUGUCGGAUCCUGAGCACCACCACCACCAGCACCUGACCACCACUACCACCACCACCCGGUCCCUGUCCUCCUCUCCGGACUCGCUGCACAGUUUCGAGGGCUCCUCCUCUCCCUUCUCAGGGACGCCCACGUCCCCUCUGAGCUCCAGGAGCUCGGGGAUGGAGAUGGUGUCCAAUGAGAUCUACUGUGGCACGUUGCCGGGGUCGCCAGUGUCACGUUGGUGCCAGUCAGUGCCCAAGCCGCCCCCCAGGCAGCAGGGGAGCGGCACUCCCUCCGACAACGACAGCACUUUAAACAGCAGUUUGCUGGAACAGCCCAGUCCAUUAAUAGCACCUACUGACGAGGAAGAUGAAAUGAUAAGCCCAUACUGUGAAACAGUCUUCCAUACCAGACGACCACAUGAAGAGGCGGAGAGGACCCGAAGCAGUGAGAGCCUUGGUCCCCGGAGAGGAGAGGAACGCGGGAACCCGGCCCACUCCUGGCUGAGGCGCCUGUCCAACUCGCUGCACCACGACAGCCCUGGCUACUGCACCGUAGGGGAGCCGGCCUCCUCCAACACCACCACCACCACCACCUCCACCCCAGCCAGCCGCUCCUUCUCCCUGCCUCCCCACAGCCUGCACCUCCAUGAUCUGGAGGAGGACCAGACCAUCUCCCCCUACGCCAGUUACACCUCCCUGUCCGAGAGAGCAGUGCCCAUCAUCUAUGGCUGGCUGGAUAAGUUGUCGCCCCAAGGAAACUAUGUGUUCCAGAAGAGAUAUGUGAAAUUCGAUGGCACAAACCUCAUGUAUUUUGGCAGUGAAAAGGACCCUUAUCCAAAAGGUGUGAUUCCGUUGGGCGCCAUACAAAUGGUCCGCACUGCCAAAGACAACAAGUUUGAGGUUGUGACCACGCACAGGACAUUUGUCUUCCGGGCAGACAAUGAAGUGCACAGGAGCAAGUGGUGCAGCACCCUGCAGGAGCGCGUGAAGGAGCAGCUGGUGUUCGGGUGCCCGCGCUUCGGCCUGGGCAGCCACUGCCAGAAGAGGGGCCUGCUGGAGCUCAAGGGCACCAAGUCCAAGGUCUACGUGGCCAUCAACACCGAGCAGGUCUGGCUGUACAAGAGCGAACAGUGCUUCAAGAAUGGCAUCGGCAUCACUGUGAUCGAGUCCAGAGGGGCUACCAUUAGAGAUGGCAAGAACAAAAGCUUUGAUCUCAUCACCCCUUACAAAACAUUCAGCUUCACGGCGGAGUCGGACCGCGAGAAGCGUGAGUGGAUGGAGGCCAUGCAGGAGUCCAUUGCGGAGACGCUCUCGGAUUACGAGGUGGCCGAGAAGAUCUGGUCCAACCGGUCCAACAAGGUCUGCGCCGACUGCAAGGCCAUCAAUCCCGACUGGGCCUCCAUCAACCUGUGUGUGGUCAUCUGUAAGAACUGCGCAGGCCAGCACCGAGGACUGGGAACAAUGGUGUCAAAAGUCCAGAGCCUGAAACUCGACACUAGCGUUUGGAGCAACGAGAUCGUACAGCUCUUCAUCAUGCUGGGUAAUGACCGGGCUAAUGAGUUCUGGGCGGCGCGGUUGACCAUCCACGACGAGCUGGACUGUGACGCCACCCCUGAGCAGCGGCGUGAGUUCAUCACUCAGAAGUAUCGCGAGGGCCGAUUCCGAAACCCCCACCCCAGCUUCAACACCCAGGAGGAACUGCUCAAGGUCCUCUGUACUGCAGUGACGGAGCAGAACCUGCUGAAGACGGUCAUCAACAUCUUCGCAGAGGCUGAGGCUGCCCGCCUGGCAGAUGCCAACGGGCACGACAAGCACCUCUCUCCACACUAUGGGCACACACAGGACUCCAGUGUGUAUGAUGAGAUCAUGCAGUCGGUGCUGCACUCCGGCUACCUCUACAAGGCCGGCUCCACCUCCAACAAAGGCACACUAUCCCGCCGAACCAGAGAAGUGGGUUUUUUCUUCUCAGAUUUCCAGAAGUACUGGUGUACAGUGGAGAAGUCCAUUCUCUUUUACGAGACGGACCAUAGUCACGAGCCCAGCAUGAAAAUUGAUGUCAGAGAUAUCGUCUGUCUGGGAGUCAGCCGCCCCGAUUCCUGUAACAACAAUAACGGAUUUAUUGACCGCCAACAUGGUUCUGAUUCUAGGUUCCGCUACACAAUCGAGCUGUACCUCAAGUCGGACAAACUCAUCCAGUUUGGCCUGGAGACGGCCGACGCUCUUCACUCCUGGGCCAAAGCCAUCGGGAAGGCCACCACCCCACUAAGCUGCCACUGCCUGCUGGGUCGUGAGUUUGAGCGGGUGGGCAUGCUGCGCUACAAGAACAUGCUGGACCCCCAGCAGUGGAAGGAGGGCUUCUUCGUGCUGCAGAAGUCCAACCUGUUCAUCUGCCCACGCACCGACGGCGCCGCCGAGGACAUCAUCAACCUCAAACGCCUCCAGGAGCUCAGCAUGGCCUCUGAGAACGAGAAUGAGAAGAAGGACAACCUAGUACUCGUGGAGAAAGGAAGGACGCUGCACGUGCAGGGCAUGGGCCGGGCGGACUUCCCCCUGUGGUUCGCGGACAUCCAGAAAGCAGCCGGAGGGAAGGGCAAUGCACUGAGGGACCAGCAGCUCAGCAGGCACGACAUCCCCAUCAUAGUGGACAGCUGCAUCGCUUUCAUCACACAGUAUGGUCUUGGCCAUGAGGGCAUCUACCGUAAGAACGGAGCCAAGUCCCGCAUCAAGCUCCUGAUGGAGGAGUUUCGUAAAGACGCCCGCAACGUGAAGCUGCGCAUCGGAGACAACUUCAUCGAGGACGUGACAGACGUGCUCAAGAGGUUCUUCAGGGAGAUCGAUGACCCCAUCUUCAUGGCAGACCUGCACCCCUUCUGGCAAGAGGCUGCAAAGAUACCGCACAAGACGUACCGUCUGGACCGCUACAAGGAGCUAAUUCGAGGUCUGCCGCGAGUCAACAGGACCACGCUAGCCGCCCUCGUCAGUCACCUGUACCGGGUCCAGAAGUGUGCCGACCUGAAUCAGAUGUGCACCAAGAACCUGUCGCUGCUCUUCGCCCCGAGCCUCUUCCAGACGGACGGCAAAGGGGAACACGAGGUGAAGAUCAUCGAGGACCUCAUCGACAACUACCUUUAUGUCUUCGAUGUGGAUGAGGAGCAUCAGACACAGAUUGAGCUGGAGAUCAGUCUCAUCACCACCUGGAGGGAUACACAGCUUUCUCAGGCGGGCGACUUGAUCAUUGAAGUGUAUCUUGAACACAGGAUACCUGACUGCUGUAUCACUCUGAAGGUGUCUCCCAUGAUGUGUGCUGAGGAGCUGACCAACCAGGUUCUCUACAUGAGGAACAUUCCAGCAGGAGAGCGGGACAUAUGGAUGACCUUCGAGGCCAUUGAAGAUGGGGAACUUGAGCGGCCUCUGCACCCCAAAGAGAAGGUUCUGGAGCAGGCUCUCCAGUGGUGCAAGCUGGCUGACCCGAGCUCCGCCUACCUGGUGGUCAAGAAGGUGCCCAAAGGAGAAGUCAUCGACAUCUUCACUGCAUACAAGAGUGAGAUAGUGAAGAGUGGGGUCCUGAGGUGUCGAGAGGAGCCCCCGAAAAUGCUGCAGGGGAACAAGUUCCAGGAUCGCAUCUUUCAAAUCAGGGACCAUAAACUACUGCUGCUCAAGGACAAGAAGAGCAAUAAGCCGGAGAAGGAAUGGCUACUGAAGACUUUGAAGAUCUACAUUGGGAUCAGGAAAAAGCUGAAGGCACCUACCAAGUGGGGCUUCACGGUCAUCCUGGACAAGCAACAGUUGUGUCUGAGCUGCUCAUCUGAGGCUGAGCUGUGGGACUGGAUGACUAAUCUCCUGAAAGCACAGGAUGACGACCGAGGGCGCCCCCCGGUGUUGCGGAGACACUCGUCGUCCGACAUCUCCAAGCAGAAGUUUGGCACCAUGCCCCUGGUGCCCAUCCGCGGGGAGGGCGAGGGGGAGAGCAGUGCCACCAACACCACCAUGCUCUCCGCCAACCAGACCCUGCAAAAGCUCCACAAUAGGAGGACCAUGUCCAUGUACUUUCCCAUGAAGGUGCAGCGUGACUCCCUGGAGGAGCGUCCGGAGAGCCCAGAGCCGCUCUACGAGGAGGUGGGCGACUUCGGCCUGCAGGUGCUCAAGUCCCUGGAGACCAGCUUCCUGUCCGGCGGCCACGCCGAGACGCUGGAGGUCUCGCCCGACCUGGAGCACGGCCACGAACGCCGCGGACGUGGCCGUCCGCUGAGCCUCAGCCCGCGCCACGCCGGGGGGUCGGCGUCUCUGGACAGCGGCAUGGGGCUGGGGUUCCGCGAGGGCGGGUCUCUGGGGUCCUUGGGCGAGGGGGUCCAGACGCCACCGCUGGAUGGGUCGUCGUCAUCGCUGGAGGGUCUGAUGGGCCCUGGAGGAGGAGGUGGGGGGAGAGAGUCGGGUAGCAGUGGAGGAGGUGGUGGUGGUGGUGGAGGAGGAGGAGGAGUAGGAGGGGAGUCUCGUGACGGCAGCCCGGUGGUGCCUUUACCAAGAAGGCGUCAGCGAGGGCCCUGUAGCCCCUCACAGGAGCUGCUGCUGCAGGAGCUGUCUAGUAUGUUCAUCAAGAAACCAGAGACGGAGCGAUGUAGCGCCGUCUCACGACCCGCUGAUGAGGAGGACGAGCUCAUGUGAUUGGUCGAUUUUACUCUGCUCUAGUAUGUUCAUCAAGAAACCAGAGAUGGAGCGUAGUACCGCCGUUUCACGACCCGCUCAUGAUGAGGACGAACUCAUGUGAUUGGUCGGUUCUGCUCUGGUCUGGUUUGUUAGCCCAAUACAUAGCACCCAACAUAAAAUGUCUGUCUUAAUGUUUUUAGGCACAACCCACUGAUGAGGACGAGCCUGUGUGAUUCGAUUGUGCGAUUCUGGUCUCGCCCAGGCUGUUAUGGUGGGUUGGCCCAUCACAUACUGCCCUACGAAGGCAAAAUGUAGUACAGUAACUACGGCAACAUUGAAACUGAGAAAAAAGCCUUCAAAGAACUGGUAUUACGUUCGGUAUUGUAGUUACUGCAAAUAGGACAUAGCAAUAUCUCCAACACGGGACACAUUUGUACCAUAUGGCUUUGUCAUUUUUUCAGUCUAAACUCUAAAGUUUGACAAAGUAUGUAGUUACUGCACUUUGCCUUUGUAGGGCAGCAUAGUACACGCAUACUGUAAUGUCCAUUGCGAUUUUGGAACAACCCACUAAUAAGUACAAGCUCAUGUGAUUGAACCAUUUGGUUCUGUUCUGGUCUGAUCGGUUAUCCCCAUGUCAUACUACUACACACAUAAUGCCCUGAAUCUUUUUGGCACAAAAUUGCACCAUGAGGACAAGCUCGUUUUUGUGACUGUUCUGGUGUGGUCUGGAAGUUACCACAUUUCCACAAGUGUUGUGGCGGUGGCGGUGCUGAUGUUCUGGUCCAAUAUUGCCUGAGUCAUCUCCUAAUGUUUCACCAGUUCUGAGUAUUACAAUGGUGUAGUUCUGACUUUGGACUUAAGAAGGGUUUUUUUUUGUUAGGGAGCAAUGCCAAUGCCCGCUUUUCAUCACCGUUGGAGCACUUUUCAUUUUGUUUUUAUGUUUUUGUUUCAUUUGGAGCUAGCAGAAUCAGUUAUAGAGGUCCACCUGCAUUUAAAGCACAGAUGCACAGUGAGCUCAAAGUGUGCCGUCACGACCCUGUGCUGAUGCGAUAAGCUACUUUGUAUACUGUACUGUGGGAAUAUCCAGUCCAGCUAGGACUGUAUUGGAAUCAAAAAAGGCCUGGGUCAGUCUGUAAGAAGUAGCCUGUUGACUCUCUGCCCAGCGGGAAAUGCCCUGUCAGUCCAGGCCUGUUGUCCAUCUACUGUAUGUCUAUCGCUCAAAUGCCAAAUGUAAUGCCACUAACCUGCUCAAACAUUGACGGAAAGGCCUUUUCUACUUGAGCUUUUGUGCCACCAUAACUCCAGUUGCAGGUGCCAAUGGACCUGAGGUGUGCACAUCAACAAAACCACCAUCAACUUCUGAUAUGAAGUGUCAGUGUUUUAUCUAAAAUUCCAAAAUCUGUCCUGGAUUUUUUUUUACUGUAUGAUGAAGAAAAAAACUACCCUGAACAUUCCUGUGAAGUUCAUUUUUUGUGUUUUUAAACAGAGGAAUGAUUUCAGUUCUUUUGAAGUAUGCAACGAGCGCCUUUUGGAACAAAGGACGGAAAGACUAUUUAUUGUGCAGUUGAAGCAGUUUUUAUACUUUCCAAGUGAAUUGUUUGAUUUGACGGCAACAUGAAAACAAUAUAAGACAAAAUAUAUCUGUACAUAUAGUAGUGGCUGUUUAUCUGCUCUCCAAUAGCAAUAAUGUUAAUACACAAGCUGAUAAUAUAUACAUUUUUGCAUGCUUGUGACAUAUGCCGUCUUCUCUCUCUUUGACUGUUGGUAUUACACAAGAAAAGUAAAACUGUCUAAUGGCACAUACAUUCAGAACCACUGAAACAAUACGUAAACAUGUGUACUGGAAAAGUUUCAGAGAAGAUGCAACAUUUCAAUUUUAAGGUCUAGUUAAGAUAAGAUGAAUAUUAUGUAUACACAUAUUUAUUAAAUUAUUUACAAAACUGUUUCAUUCAUGCUAAUAACAAUCAUCAAGCUUUUGUCAAAAACACUGUGAACACAGAUCUUGGGAAGGAUGUGCUGAGCAUGUUGUAUUUACCAUGUCCACCACACAGCCUGUUAAACAUUAUUGUACCACUAGGUGGCAGUGAAGAUGUGUUCUUCAGCAGUAUGGCAUAACCACUUGUAGGCUUGUAGACCACUUCACACUCUUGCCAUCUGUACAUCCCCCAUAGCACAGGCCACAAUUACAUUUCAUUGCUAAUUACUCUUGCUAUUACAAAUGAACUCUUCUGUGCUAAUCCGUCAACCUGUGACAGCAGUCCCUUUGUAUGUGUUUCCUCUGUGGAAACCUCAUCUCUGUAGUCAUCAUUAUCAUCUGGGCCCCUCUACUACUGUACAGGCGAUUCUUAUGCAAUACUAUGCAAAUAACCAAAUGUCCCCCUGUUGGCUACUUUUGUUGGUUCAGCAGUCUUCCCUAUAACUUCACCCAGCUUGACUUUUAUGUGUUGUUUUAUGGUGUAUAUAUUGUAUAUUUUUUUCUGUUCCUGAAUGGGAUUCUGUUGGCAGUGAUCAUGUUUUAUUUUCAUCAUGUAGUGCCAUAUCAUUUCAUUACAUAAAUACUUUUUGUAAGGUU